CAACUGACAUUGGAAGACUUGGUAGAUGAGUGCAAAACAUUCUACUUUGCUGGACAAGAUACUGUUAAUUCCUUACUUGCUUGGAUGGUCUUACUUUUAGCAAGUCAUGGAGAUUGGCAAGAGAAAGCAAGAAGAGAGGUGAUUGAGAUAUAUGGUAACCAAUAUGUUGAAAAAUGGCCAACCAUGCUGCUGAUAUGUUUUUGUUAAAGUACAUGCUACCAUGAUGAUUUUGUUCAGUGCAUACAACUUGUAUGCAUGCUGUAGCAAUUAUGCAUGUUGCAGCAACAUAUUUUCUGUUUUAGUUGCAAUGUAAUUUAGUUUGGUUGAAAAUGAACUUUAAUGUUAAUGUUUUGAUGGGAUGAUUGAGUUGAUAAAUCAGCUUAUCCAUGUGUACAAACAAUGUUUUAAUAAUCCCAAUCCUGAUUAGUGGGGUUAGUUGAAUAUUUGAUGAUGUAUUUUGACUAUAAAUGUAUUGUUUUCAUAAUGAAUGAACAAGCAUAUUAGUUGUGUAAAGCAAAUUGCUUGCUUGCUGCUCGUUUGUGAGCAAAUAAAUUAUUCUUUGUUUUUCCUCCUUUGUUCUCGGUAUUGUUCUCUUCUUUUACCGCUAUCAAAAACCCAACACAAUAUCCAAAUUCUGAAGGCUUUUCUAAACUCAAAAUUAUGACCAUGAUUAUUAAUGAACCUCUAAGAUUGUUUGGUCCAGCAGUUGGCCUGUUGAGGAAAGGUGGAAGUGAAGUUCUGUUAGGAAAUCUAGUCUUGCCUGCUGAUAUAGAUAUUCUUAUUGCAAAUGCUGCACUUCACCAUGACCCUCAACUAUGGGGAGAUAAUGUGCAUCUUUUUAAGCCAGAGAGAUUCGCCGAAGGGAUUGCCAAAGCUACCAAUUACAACACAACAGCAUUUUGUCCCUUUGGAUUGGGACCUCGGACUUGUGUUGGUACAACCUUCGCAAUCAUGGAAGUGAAGAUUGCAGUCUCCAUGAUUCUACAACGCUACACCAUUUCCCUCUCCCCUGCUUAUGUCCACGCGCCAGUAUCUAUUAUCACCGUUAAACCACAACAUGGAAUUCAAGUAAUACUCGAGUCACUGCAUCAUGAUGCUUAAACUAUACGGCAGGUAAGGGCUCAGCGUUCAACUCAGUUUGCUCAUGUAUUCACCUUUUAAGAGAUGACAUUUCAUAGCUCGGGGGCUUUUGCAUUAGCAACCAAUUCCCUAUUCUGAAGUUAUGCGCUCCUUCAUGAUUAAAAGCUGAUGGUAAAGCGUGCAAUAAAUGAAAUUCAAAUACAAUUUAUCACUUUAAUAGUUUA